GCAAUCUAUUAAUUGUGUUAUUGAUAUGAACAAUGUAGUUCCAGUAAUGGUAUAUCUGCCAUUAUGUUGCUGAAAGUAUUUACAUGCUUUAUAUAUGCUGUACUGAUGCCAAUCCCUAGCUUCUCAGAAGAUAUGACUAAUUCAUCGACAUUGUUUACUACAUCUAUCAUACCAGUUAGAUUAGACACGGAUGAUGACAUGGGAUCCGAUGACAACAUGAAUCUUGGAACCCAGGUGUUAAUGGUAGUAUAUAUUGGUGCUGCUGUUGUACUGUCUGUUGUACCUUUUGGCAUUUAUUUCUACAUCACAUGUAAAAAACUGGGUUUUGGUAAAUUCUGUAAACGAGUAUUGAAUCGUUGCAGAAAGAAACCAAACACAGAUGAUGACACUUCAGUCGCGAGACCCUGGCCUUAUCGUAGUCGACCAGAAGAAUACGGAGAAUCUGGUGCUAUUUAUAUGAUUGAUCUACCAACCUAUGACGAGGUCAUGAGAAAUACUGACACUUUUAAAAUAACGAACGAUAUCAAAGUUUUUUACUCUGUGUAUUACAGACAAUCAAGCAGGGAAACACAGACUAAUCAAACAACACAAACUGACGUCCUGGUACAAACUGACACUGUUGGUGCUCUUGUGAACAGUGAACCACCGGACGAAACAAAUGACGUUAGAACUUCUGAAAAUCAGGAAAAUUCAGGGCAAUUAGUAUCAGAUGCGGAUCAAUCUAUAUCUUAAUGUGUCAUAAUCAUCAUCUUCAUUAUUAUUAUCAUCCACAUAUUUAUAAU